GCAGUUCUACUCUGUCCUGUAGGGUCACUAUGAGUCGGAAUUGGCAACCAUUUUGUUUCUGUUUUUUUCUCAGCUUGGCUGUUAACUGAGGGUGUUCACUGUUUUGGAGGGUUCGCUGUUUUUGCUGAGCAAGUUGGUGCUGCAGAGAUAGUAUUAUUGUAGUAGAAAGAGGUUGUGGUGGUUGCUGUUUUAACAGACUCUGCUGUUCCCUCCAUGCCUGGCUCUGAGCUGUGUUCACAGUUGUCUCUGUUUUGUGUUGUCUGCGAGCUUGAAUGUGAGAAUGGUUAUUUUAAAUAGCUCUCUUCAUGUAGUCUUGACCUGUGUUUAAAAGUAUUGGUUAAAGCGAUGGACUGCUAACAGAAAGGUGGGCAGUUCGAAACCACCAGUGAGAAAGAUGUGGCAGUCUGCUUGGAAACCCUAUGAGGUCGCUUUAAGUCGGAAUUGACUCCACGGCAGUGGGGUUUUUUUGGUUAAAAGUAUUGGCUUUUCCGUAGAGUGAAAACACUUUAAUUUCAAUGAUUUAAAAUCAGUAAAACAAAAGAAUGAGACCUCAUAGUGUAGAAUGAUUGUCUUUUCACCACCGCGGGGAAAUCUGCACGCAGAAGAGAGGGAGACUUAUUAGUUGUAUUUGGACAACAGUCAAAGUCAGUGAUAAUCCUGGUGAAAGAGUUGUGCCUCUGGAAAAUUUUCAGAGUUACAAGAGCCAAUAUGUGCUUAAAUGCUCUUGUCGGUUGCCUUUUCAGACAUGCUGAGGACGAGUCUGCUGUGCGUUAUGCUCGGGCUCCAGCAGGCCUGGCCCUUCCCCUGCCCACAAGGCUGCAGAUGUGUCUUCCGGGACGCCGCGCAAUGCUCCGGGGGCAGCGUGGCGCGCAUCCCCGCGCUCGGCCUGCCCACCAACCUCACGCACAUCCUGCUCUCCGGCAUGGACCGCGGCGCUUUGCCGAGUCAGAGUUUCAGCGGCAUGACAGUCCUGCAACGCCUGAUUCUCUCAGACAACCAUAUUUCCGCCAUUGCCCCCGACACCUUCAAUGACCUGAUAAAACUAAAAACUCUGAGGUUGUCGCGCAACAAAAUCACUCAUCUUCCAGGUGCGCUGUUGGAUAAUAUGGUGCUUCUGGAACAGUUGUUUCUGGACCACAAUGCACUAAGGAGCAUUGACGACAACAUGUUUCAGAAGCUGGUGAACCUGCAGGAGCUCUUUCUGAACCUGAAUCAACUAGCUUUUCUUCCUGCUAGUCUCUUCACAAAUCUGGAGAACCUGAAAGUGUUGGAUUUAUCGGGAAACAAUUUGACCCACCUGCCUAAGGGGCUGCUUGGGACACAGGCUAAGCUUGAGAAACUCCUGCUCCACUCGAACCAGCUCAUCUCUCUGGAUUCGGGGCUCUUGGAUAGCUUGGGCGCCCUGAUCGAGCUGCAGCUCCACAGGAAUCACAUCCAGUCCAUCGCACCGGGUGCCUUCGACUGUCUCCGAAACCUGAGCUCUUUGACUCUUUCCAGAAACCACCUCGGGAGUCUGCCCUCCGCCCUCUUUCUUCACACGCACAAUUUGACUUUCUUGACUCUGUUUGAGAACCCGCUGGAGGAGCUCCCCGAGGUGCUCUUCGGGGAGAUGGCCUGCCUGCAGGAGAUGUGGCUGAACAGAACCCGGCUCCGCACUCUGCCCGACGCCGUCUUCCGCAACCUGAGCCGCCUGCAGGCUUUAGGAGUGACUCUGAGCCCACGCCUGAGCGCCCUCCCCGAGGGAGCCUUCCGGGGCCUCGGCGAGCUCCGGCUGCUCGCCCUGCACAACAACCGGCUGCAGGCGCUGCCCCGCGCGCUCUUCCGCAACCUCAGCCGCCUGGAGAAGGUCCAGCUCGACCACAACCAGCUGGAGACCCUGCCUGGCGACGUGUUUGGGGCUCUGCCCCUGCUGACGGAGGUCCUGCUAGGGCACAAUCCCUGGCGCUGCGAUUGUGACCUGUGGCCAUUCCUGGGGUGGGUGCGCCAGCACCCAGGCCGCGUGGGCCGAGCCGAGCCCCCGCGGUGUCGCGAGCCCGGGCAGCGCGCUGGCCUGCCGCUCUGGGCCCUGCUAGAGGGUGACCCGGAGUGCUCAGGCACCCGGGGGCCGCCUCCCCAUCCUCUCGCGGACAACACCUCGGAAGUCCCCACCCACCCGGCCCUGCCCUUGGGCUCUCUGUCCCCCGCCCACUCUGCUUUGGUGCCUAUCAGCUCAGAACCCUGGGCGUGGACCCAACUGGUGGCUACCGGCAAAAGGGAAGAUCAUAGCCUGUUCUGGGGUCUUUAUUUUCUGCUGUUAGCCACCCAGGCCAUAAUAACUGGGGUCAUUGUGUUUGCUAUGAUUAAAAUCGGCCGACUCUUUCAAAAAUUAAUCAUAGAGAGGGCUUUUGUUUGA